CUUUCCUAGUAUAAACCGUUAGCUCGCCGACAAUAAUGUACUAUAAUGCAGUGGUUAAGCCUUCCAUGCCCUUCUCUCUCUCCUCUUAGCCUCUCUAUAUCUUCUUCUCUAAGCCCUUUGUGUACUUCACUGCUCCUCUCUGCCUUUCUGUACUUUCUUCUGUCUUUGCUAAAUCUCUCUCUCUGCCACCAACAUGGUACAAUCAAAGAAGUUCAGAGGAGUCAGGCAGCGUCAUUGGGGUUCUUGGGUAUCUGAAAUUCGACACCCUUUACUGAAGAGGAGGAUCUGGCUAGGCACAUUUGAAACGGCAGAAGAGGCAGCUCGAGCUUAUGAUCAAGCUGCAAUCUUGAUGAGUGGCCGCAACGCAAAAACCAAUUUUCCCAUAACUCAAACCCCAAAUGGAGACCCAAAAUCCAGUGACCCUUCCUCAACUAGUACUAGCACUAGUACUACUGCUGCUACUGCUCCACCCAAUGGUUUAUCUGAAAUCCUGCACGCCAAGCUUCGAAAGUGCAGCAAAGCACCAUCUCCGUCCAUGACAUGUUUGAGGCUUGACACUGAGAACUCCCACAUUGGUGUGUGGCAAAAGCGCGCCGGACAGCGCUCUGAUUCCAACUGGGUCAUGACCGUGCAGCUUGGGAAGAGAAAACACCAGGUUUCUGAUGGAACAUUGCCAGCGGCAGAGUCGUCGGGGACGCUACCGGGGCCAGAGUUGAGAACGGAAAUGGAUGAAGAAGAGAGAAUUGCACUGCAAAUGAUCGAAGAGCUUCUCAACAGGAACUGUCCAAGUCCACCCUUUGGUGACGAUCAAGAUGGGGAUGAUGGUAGUAGCUUCUAUCUUUGAAUUAAUUUCUUGUGGGUUGGGUCUUCACUUUCAAGGGAUCAAAUGUGUUUGUAUAGGUUUGCUGUUGGUGUUGCAGAGACACAACACACAAAGCACAUGAAAGUAAGAAAUUGUGAAUUUCUACUAUUUUAUUUUAUAUAUGGAAAUAUAGAAUGCAUGGGUGGGGAGCAAAAUUGCGAGGAAAGGGUAUACUGAAGAAGACAAAUAAUACUAUUUGUGCUCGAUUCUCCAAGAAGGCUUGAGCAAUUAAUUAUAAUUUGUGUUGUUGAUCAAAUAUUAAUGAAAUUAAUUGUUAUUUCAGUU